UCCAGUCGUCGUCGCCGUACGGUUAUCGAUCGCCCCACCGCGCUCCGGUUGAGAUAUUUUCUAUACGUUACGAUGAUAAAAUAGUAUAAUUUAAUAUUGAACACGGCAUUUUUGUAUGCGAUCCGCACACGUACAGAGGCACCACAACCCGGCACGAUACCAGCACGUGUGACCACCGCCCGUCUUUGCGACGCGCGGUCCAACGAUGCGUUGUCGUCAUCUUGCCAUCCCGUCGGUCCACGUACCCGUGGCACAUUGAAUUGGCAGGCGGGCGAUGCGCGAACGGCACACCACCGCCGCCGAGACUAUCAGCAGCACAUCACAGCGAAGCCGACGACGGAGACGGCUAGGACCUCGAGUACGAAGACGAAGACGGAGACGGAGACGACGACGACGACGGAGUCGAAGACCGAUCUCGAUCGCGUACACUCAUAGAUCACGUUUUCACAAUCAUCAUCAUCAUCAUCAUCAUCAUCGUCGUCAUCAUAAUCAUAUUAUCCACAAUCAUUUCAUAGUUGUUGCUGUCUUCGUUAAUAUUAUUACAUUAUUUUUAUACGCAAUCAUGGACAACAAUCCGUUGAAUUGGAAUGAUUUCACCACGGCCAACGAACUGACCGUYCCCAUAAACCUCCAAAAUUUCUUCUGGGGUUUGACCAGUGCGUUCAUUCGACCUAAAGUUGGUAAACUACAUGAAAAUUCGUGUUUGUUUUGUCAACACACAGCUGGACAUCACGAAAUGAAAGAAGCAUGCAAGACUUUUGAACGGUUAUUAGUACUAGACUCCCAAAUUGACUUGCCACAAAAGCUAAAAGACGAAAUUAAAUUAUUACCCAGAUGGAAUAUUAUUCAAGCUUCAUUCCCACAUAUACUUCAUUCUACAGCAGCUAUUCUUCAAAACAGAAAAGGAACAAACAUACAAUACAUUGGGCCAAUAGAGUCAAAAUUAUUACUCAUUCUACAUUGGAUAAUUCAGGAUGCACCUGAUGAAUGUGCGGAUUCUGAUUACGAAAAAGGAACGUUCCAAACUUUACCUCAUUAUUACCUUUUUAAUAUCCCUACUAUGACGUUAUUCAUCUAUUUGAUUGCACCACUAAUAAAUCAACUAAAAGAAUCAGAUUUAAUAACUAAUGGAUUAGACAGUGGAUUGAAAAUGUGGCAAGCGUUUUGGGACAAUCGCACACCUAAUAUUCCAUGUUUUUCGGCACACUGUAAACCAAAACCUAAAUCCCUAUGGUAUAACCUUAAACGACUGUCACAAGAGAAAUUAAGGAAUCAAGAAUAUAAUAGUCGUACAAUAUCAGCAUCUGUUAGCUCACCUCAUAAUAUAAAUCAUAACGAAUACUGCCAAAGCAAAUCACUUGAUGAUGAGAUGUGGAUAACAUCUCCAAAAGAAAAAUGUUUCCCAGAAACUAUACCUGAAGAAAGUUCAAGCACGGAAGACGAACAAGUUGUAAUUUUUCACAUACCUCCAUAUGAAGAAUAUAAUAUCAAUAAUGCAGACAAUAUACAGAACAAUUACCAAGGUAAACCAAGUAUAUUUCAAUUGCCAGUUGGAAAAUCGGAUUCUAUUUAUACUUAUGAAGAUUUGGCAGCAAUAACUCUACCAGAAAUGAAGCAAUUACAAAAAAAGAUAAGAAUAGGAAAUUCAAAAAAAAAAAUUGGAGGUUCAAGCAAUUUUAAAAGUUCAAGUUUCUUAACAGAAGAUUCUAUUUCUGUUGACUUGAAUGCUGCCACGUUUUUAGAUGUUGCAGUAUUAAGAUGUUUAUUUGUUCCUCAAUGGUGUGAAGAAGGUGUUUUCUGGUCUCUUCAAUUCUUAUACCAUAGAUUGCAGAGCAUUAAUGAAAAUAUAAAAAUUAAACAAGAACCUCGAAGACGAAGUAAUUCAUUGCCAAUACCAAAAAUUGAGGUAUCAUUUCAUCACGAACCAGAUUUUCGAGGUAGAAUCGUAAAACCAAAUUAUUCGAACAUAUUUGAUGCAGGCGAUAAUUCACCUGAAAUUAUCAAAGAUAGAAAAAGAACAUUUUUUGAAGAUCGAGAUGUAACUAACCUUCAUUCAAGACAUGCCAGCGAACGAAUUAAGAAAAAGAAAAAAAUCGUUGACUUAAAAGCAUUUGCAGUUGGACGUAAACUUUUGUCAAAAUCAGAAAAAAAUUUACAAAAAAUAGAUUACAUAAAUGACGUGAUGAUGCUUGAGCCAUGUCAUGGCUUUGCAAAUGAAGAACUACCAAACCCUUUAAUUAAAAAACUAGAAUUUUUAUUUCAAAACAACAAAACCGGAUUUCUCAACAGAGGAAAAAGUCUUCCAAGUCUUAGGGUAAAUGAUAUAAAGCAUGUAAAAAGUUUCCUAAAUCCAAUUAUCACAAUUACGGAACACUCUGGUAUAACUUCCCCAGAUAUAAAUUUCUACAAGGCAAAAUUGUUUGAUGAAUUUCAAUUUGACAAUGUAUUUCCACAAGGACAAAAACUAUCUAAAGAAUUUCGUCAGUCAAAUUUAACAAGAUCUCAAACUGAUUCAAAUAUAACAUAUAUUAGCGAAGAAGUAGCAGAAGUUCCAGGAUCGUUAAAUUACAUUACAAAAGAUGGAGAUGUUGAUUUUGAAGUUGUACUAAGAGCUAUCCAUUUUUCAGUAUAUCAAGUAAACACAUGUAAAACAUUCAGGGUAUGCGAAGUUGUUAUUAAUUUACUAGAAGUACUAUUAGACUUAGGGAUAUUGAAUCAAUCGUGGCAUGGAGAUGUUUCUAAAGUUCCCAAUACUAGUUUACAUAAUAUUAGUCCGGAGUAUUUGGCGCAUUUGUCGUACACUAAACCAAUGUCAGCACAUGCACUUGUCAUGAGCUCCAUUAUAAAGAUAAUUCAAAAUUUAGGAUGUCCCCAUAGUUGCGGUGAAGGACAUAGAGGACCGCCUGCAAAUUUUGUACGAACUCAAUGUCAAUGUUUACUAAAUCGUCUAAAGCAAUAUGACAAACGACAAUUUUCAAACUAUUUAAGACAUUUUAUUAAAAACAACUCGCUUACUUUCAUAAUUAAUUUUAUUCAUUCAUACAUUGGAUUCUGUACUGAACCAAUGCAAAUGUUCUCACCCAUGUACAACAAAAGAAAGUCGCUUGAUACGAUAUCACAGAUGAGUGGAUCUCCGUCAGGAUAUGGACCAUCGAUAUGUAGUAAAGGAAACGAAUAUCACGUUAUAAGUGUUUUAUUUAGAAGUCUGAUUACUAGGGUUGUUGUGUCUUAUAAAGAACUAAAACAUCCUGAAAAUGCUGAUAUUUAUAAUACUUUAAGAUUUCUUAUCAGUUACGUCAAAGACACUCAUUCAUCUAUAUUUAGACGCGUAAUGUUGAGUGGAUUAUUAGAUACAGCUAAUCAGAACAAUGCAAAACAAUGCAAUAUUCAGACUACACGUGUAAUUAGGCAUAUACCUAUUCAUGAUCAUGACGAGCAUUCAAAAUCUAUUACAGAACCUUUUGUACUGGACAGAACAAAUAGAAAGCUUUUAUUUAAAAAAAGAAAUACAAUAGCUAGUUAUUCAAAUGCUUUUGAAAAUCAAAUUUGUGAUGAUAUUAGGAAUCAAAUGUCAUCAGUUAGUUUGAAGAGAAGAAAAAAUCCAAUGCUAGUUUCAAAACCCAGUGAAGGAAGUAUGCAAUGUUCUAAAAAAUCAUAUACAAAUCGUUUACAAAUCAAAGAAAUAGUUAAUUGGAUUAGUUCAAAGUCAAGCGUACAUGAGUGCCGUGGAAGASCCCAAGGCUUGAGUUCAUCUUAUGACUCCUCUUCGGAUGUAGGGUCACUUGUACGACAAGCAGCAAAUUUACAUCAAUCUUAUUGCAGGGGUUCUAAAAAGAAUAGAAAUGGGAUGUCUCAAACGUUUAAGAAAACUAAAAAACGAAUGGGCCACCAUUUAAAUAAGUAUGUUUUUCGAAAAGGAAGAAAAAAGGAUAAGAGUACUGAAGAUUCUCAAGGAAGCUAUUUAAGUCGCCGAGACUCUUUAGACGACGGAGAUCAUCCUCAUCAGUCAGAAUUCGUUGUUUUAAAGGAAAGAAAAUUAGUGCAAAUCAAACAGCUAAGGGCUGGAAUUCAGCGAUUUUCAAUAAUGCUGGAAAUGUGUGGUCCAGGAUCUGUACCAGAUGCAAAUUUCAUAUCUGCAGCAUUUGAUUUGCCAAACACGCCAAUUUUGGCAAGGGCAGUUUUUCUUUUGGAAUGUUGUCAUUUUGUCCAUGGCUGUAAUAAAGGUCAAUGGUCUACUUGGAUGCGAAUGGUGAGACCUUCUGGUUUAAAUUUGAAACAAUCAGUGAUUUCUGGACCCAAGAAGUCCAUUGUUAUCCAACAUAACGCUGGAAAACUUUUUCGUCAAUGGGGAGAAAUUAUUGCCGCACGUUUGGAUGAAAUGAUUUCUAAUGAUAAAAAGCAAUUACCWCACAUCUUAUCGUGUAUUGCUGACGAAGCUAAUCAACGGGAGUUACAAACUAUAGACGAAGAAGAAGACUUUUUAGAUGAAACAUCUGGAAUUUCUCGGGUAUUCAGUUGUCCGAUGGUCUUACGGUUAAUUGCAUGUAUGUUAUUUUUGGAAAUAACCUCCUAUCUACGGGAGACUUAUAGAAGUUUACCAAAAACUCGUCAAUCGAAUCCUUACACAACAUUACCGGUCACAUCAAAUGCAUGGGAAAGGGAAAGACAAUCUCAUAGUAGAGAAGGACGACGUUGGUCAAUGGCUUUAUCGUCGAUGGGUCAUUCACAAGCUUCUGCUCAAAGUUUGCAAUCGAUUUCGGGUGAAAAGGAUCAAGAGAUGGAGAAAAGUGGAAAUGAGCUUUUACAGAGUCAUUUAAAACCAGAAGAGGAAGUUGGUCGAAAAAGUAGCGUCAUUGUUGCUACAAAUGUGUUGACCAAACUUCGCAGACACGCUAAACUAAUAAAAGAAAAGCGCGCUCCUGUCGACAAAGGGAAAACAUGUCUGAAGCGAAACGAUUGUGAAUCUGGACAGUCAAAUGAAAAUUCUAAUUCAAAUGUUCAUUUUAAUCAGUGGGACGAAACAAGUUCUGCAAAUACAGAUGAUAAAAGAAAUAAAGGGUCGAGUCAAUCCAAUGUUCAUCCAUUGUCACAAAGAAAAAGCAUGGCGGGGUCGAUUAAGCGAUAUAGCUUGAAGUUACGUAGAAAUACUAAAGAAGGAAUAAAAGAAAUAAUGUCUUCAGACGGAGAUUAUCGAAGUGAUACGUCAGAUGGUUGUGCUCCAGUAAUACCUGGUGAAAUCAGUGGUGAAGAUGAAUCGGGAGCCAUGAUGAGUGAUGAUCAUGCACCAACCAGCCCAUGCGAGAGUAAUGAAACUGAUGAUACGACAUAUUUUAUGCCAUGGUUAAAAACAGUAAUUCAAAUAAAUAAGUCAUUUGACCAUAGUUGCACGCAUCAGUCAUUUUGCAACCCAUUAUGUUAUAAAAGACAGAUGCGUUCUUGUUCAAGACUCAUUAAAGCUAUCAGAAAGUUAUACGGUGAAGAAUUUGGUUUAAUGGCUUCAAUAGAAGGCAGUAGUGAUUUAGAAGAAUUUAGUACGAUAACAAAAGUCGAUGCUAAAAGAAACUUACAGUUAUCAAGUUGUCAAUCUUCUCCCAACAAACGAAAAGAUAGUCUUGGAAAAAUAGAAAAUUCUAAUUUACUUUAUAAUCUCGGAGAAAGUAUGUCAAGCAAUAAAAGAAUGCUGUUAAAAUCUGAUUCUAAAGUUCAUGAAAAAAAAGAUAAUAAAAACACCAACGAAGAUAAGAAUGAYCCUCCAUUAAUUUUAAAAUACAUAAAAAAUCAAGUACAUGACAUUUUCCAUUGUUCAAUGGCYUUAUUGAUAAAAGCAGCUGUUGUAUUAACAGAAGAACAGGUUCUAGAUAUCUUACCAAUUGCGUGGGAAUUUUUAUUAGACCCUAAUCAAGAAUUGGUGGCGUCCUCUUCGACUUUAUUCAUUAUAGCGGCGUUUAAAGCUCCACAGAAAUGCAUUGAACUAAUUAGUAGUAGUUUAACUAAUAAAGAUUGUAUUGUUAGAGCAAAUGCAAUUUUAAAAUUUCAUGUUUUAUGGAAAAACCGAUUUCAACCAUGGCCUCGAAUGGAAGAAGGAGCGCAUAAUUCAUUUAGAAUACCUCCACCAGGAAUUGAAUUUACUUUAACUUCACCAAAAAUCGGAAUAGAAUGUUUACCUAUUGUCGAUCCUCCUUGGAUGCCCCAAGUGGAAACUAAAGUAGAAGAAGUGACAAUUGGUCAGGAUACACAUAGAUCAUUAGUAACAGCUACUAARACACGAAAAAAGCAGCAAACAGAACUUAUAAAAAUGGCUUUAGAAGCUAAGGAAGACCAAAGAAGAAACGAACGAGAAAGUUUCCUCAUCACAGCCAUUCCUAUUAAUAGCCAAGCAGCACACGAGUCAAGCAUGCAUCAUGGAUUAUCUGAUCCUGAAUAUGAAGAAGGUGUAGAAGUUGAUGAACACGAAAAUCAAUUACGUGUUGUGGCUCAUCAUUUAGUUCAAUCAGUAACCGUGUUAUUUCCAUCUGCCCUUUGUUCUGCUGUCAUUGAUAUCAUAACGUUAUUAAAUGAUCCUGCCGUUACAGCAGAUGGUAAUUCAGUGUGUGAAACAGCUUAUCAGGUCAUAUGGGACUGUAUGGUGGAAGACUGUUAUUUAUUUUUACGUUUUGUGUUGGAAAGACUAACCAGGGAUAAUCAAGAAAAAAUUUUCAAGUUAUUACGUCAUUUAAUACGAUUUGUACCAAAACUACCCCACCAAGCUGCUUUUAUUUUGUAUAACUACAUAAUCGGGUAUGUUAUGUUUUAUGUGAGAUCACCACAUGAAGAAGGUCAAACUAUGAUUGGUUCGGCUUUAUCCAUUUUAUGGAUGGUUGUUCACAGUGUACAUGGUAUAAUGUUUAAAGAUUUAAAACAAAUACUACGRAAAGAACAAUGUGACGGAUCAAUUUUGCUCACCGCUAAUGUUCCCUCUACAAAAAAAGUUGUAGUGCACGGUCCUCAAGAACAAAUGUCUGGAGGCAUUCCAUCACAAUUUCCUGUUCAAGAAGAUACACAAUUUUUCCAAAUUUUAAAAGAGUCUUUAGAUUUUUUUGGUAUACCUGAAGAUCGACACAGAGAAUUUUUCCUUGUUAACAUUAAAACUCGUCAGAUUCACAAUCCUACUUCUUAUGUAAGAGAUUAUUAUUUUUUYAAAAGAUCACAAUAUCCUCAACUAGAAUUAAUCCAAAUGGAUCUUAUUGAAGCAUUUAAUCAGUUGCAAAGUCAGGAACUUAUACACAAAUUUAUUGAAAUAGGAAAAGUACUUCUCACUUGGGCAAUUUUAAAAAAUGUUGAUAUGGUUGUACAAAGGGUGGUAUUUUUACAUGAGGAAUUAAUUAAACUACCUUCAUUUCCUAGAAAAGCAUUAGACGCAGAUCUCGAUYUAUACAAAGGUGGUAACAUGGGAAAGGAGUUAUUAGGAUUGGAUUUAUUACAUAAGUUUAUCUGGGUUCGAUUACUCGCUCGGAUGUUUGAAGCAAUGGCAGGCAACUUUGCUUAUUCAGGUGACAUUCAUUUGUUUUUGAAUGUAUUAAAUGGAGCAGUAACAUUACACAGCGAAGAUUCUUGUGUAUUACGUUAUGUAAUGGCUACUUAUAUAAAUGCUGCCCGCAAUUUCAAAAAUAUAUUUUCGAGCAACGGGUAUCUGUUGAUUAUCCCCACACUACUCCAACUAUAUGCAAGUCAUCACACGAAUAAGAUUGUUACUCGAUCAAUUGAAUAUACAAUUAAGCAGUUUUACUUGAUGAAUCGUAAGCCAUUCAUAUUACAAAUGUUUGGCAGUGCGUCUAGUAUUUUAGACUUAGACGAUGCAACAAAUAUAGAGGAUUCAAGUCGUGUUGAAGCUAAUUACUUUUUCAAAUUGAUAUUGAGCUUGGAAACUGCAUCGCCCGAUCCCAUUCAUAUUAGUGAAUUGAUAAAAGAAGAAAAGCCAUUACAAGCGGUUGAUUUUUGUUAUCAAGAUGAAGAUGAUACUAUCACAAUACAAGAUUGCAUAUCUUUAUGCGUAAUGGUUAUAGCAUUUUCACCUGAAACCUUACGCUCAUAUCAGAUGCUUCUUAUUUUAGAAGCCAUUUUACCAUGUUAUUUAAAACACAUUCAGCAACCAAUGUACCGAGACAUCGAAAGAGAUGUUAUCAAUCAACUAAUCAUUUCAAUAAAAACGUUAAUUAAUAAUAGUGAAGCGUUAUCAAAACAUUAUAACGGGCCACAAAAAACUAGUCAGGAGCCAAAAGAUUCUAGUCAGAGAAAUUGUAGUAAAGGACUAUGUUCUCCGACUGGUGGUGAAACGAAAGAUCUGGAGUCGAAUUCAAAAAUGUUUAGUGAACGUAAAAUCCAUAAAGCUCCCCCCGAUAGAGAGUUUUUGGAAUUUGAGAUACAAGUUGAAGAAAAAUAUGCCGCUCUACGAAAUGAAUUUCGCCGAACUAGAGAUGUUUUGUUAUCAGUUGUAACAGAUUUUGUGGUUAUAUGCCAUGCUAGACUAACCGAAUUAAGUCGCAAGUACCCCAAAGAAGGGAAACCUUUUGAAAUUCUAGAUACACGGAUGCAAAUCAGAUUAGGUGAAGUUGCUCAUAGUUUAUUAAAGGUAUCGCCUUAUGACCCAGAAACGAUGUCGUGUAAAGGGCUACUGAAGUAUAUGACAAAUAUUUUACCAAUAGUUGAUUGGGCAGCAGAAGCUUUACGCCCAACUCUCUUAGGAAUUCUUAGGAGACUUGAUAAAACAUUCAAUAAAAUUUACAAAAAGCCAUCUAUCAGAAGGUACACUGAUUGGUAUGCUGCAGGAGAAUUAAUAAAAGGGGUUUAUGAAAUACUGUCUGAACAUCCAUUUAUCGUACAUAUUCCACAUUUCAAAGCUCUUAUUUCCACUUGUCAAGGUAUCAUAGUUGGUGAUUCAGGGAGUACGGCUACCGUGGCAGUUGAUAAUUUCCAACAAUCUAUUAUACCAGUGGAAACACCUCCUCCACAUUUUUGUGCCAUUGUCAUACGUCUAUUGGCGUUACAUAUUUUGGCGAUAGGGGAUAAUUAUACGCUGGAACAGUCAGUCGGAGGAAUGAUUAAUAUUAUGUCAUCUCAAGUCAAGACUGAGAGCUUUCUAAUGAAUUUAUUUUUACCACUUUGCUUUAGAGUUGGUAUAGGAAAAAAAGAUAUGCAUUGUAUGAGACCAUGCGAUAUCAAAUUUAUGUUGUCAGUCGUCUUAAAUUCAAUGAGUCCACCUGUAAAAACUACAUGUUUGACAUUUGUGCAACUUACAAAUGUAAAACAAACGUCUGAUUUACGAACAAACUCAUAUACAUUCAACAGGGAUUCAAAACCAGCCCCAACAGUUUCUAAAUCAUUUUUCAAAGUGUUAUUUUUAGCCCUUAAAAUAAUGCUCGUAUGUUUCGAAUCCGAGUUAGCUUUACAAUAUCAACGUAUCGCGCAUACUGUAAAGGAACUCAUGAAUGUGCAAGAUGCUAGGGCAUCCAUUUGGUCUUUUAUUGAGUUUAUCAUCAUUAACAGAUCACCGCUCUUCAUUCUUCUCCAGCCUUUCAUCAUGCAAAGAUUGGGAUUAAUGAACGUGCCAGAACACGAAACAACAUCACACAACUUGCUUAAAGAAAAGCUUAUAGAGUAUACUGCUAUCACUCCAUUAUGCAGGAGUUCUCUACUUGUUGAACUAAUGAAUGAAAUGACUGAACUCAAGCAAGAAUUGGAUGAUCGAUUAGAUGAGCAACGAACAAGAUCUAGUAAUGGCUUGCGAAAUUCGUGUGAAACUCAACACCGACCAUCUAUUAUAAAUUUGUUACCAGGGAACUCAAAUCCAUCUUAUAGUGUAUGUACCAUAAACACGCAUAGAGAAUCAAUAUCAAGUGUACGCAGUAACUUAAGUAGCCAAGAAAGUUCCAUCAAGAAUUUGGGAAAUAUGCAAAGAGAUCUGAAAAAUGCGGAUGGAGACCAAAUCGACAUAUUAUCAACAAAAUUCAACGAACCACGUUUACAACGUUCAAGAGCACAGAGUCGAAAAAUUUUCCGUUUUCGUCAAAGCCGUCGUAUGGAGGUGAUCCCGCAAGGUGUCAAGUCACAACAGCAACAAACUUACGAUGACAUGGACAAAGUACAGAUGAUGCCCAACAAUUGCAUAUGCGAAUGCCUAAGCACGAGAACAAUACCAUUGGACGAAGGCCGGGUUUCGAUGUCCAAACCUGAGAUGAUAUGGGAGGAGGAUAGCCACAGUGCGCCGUCGCGGACGUCCAGCACAUCGGGCUACCGGGAGAACUGCAGCCUGCUGAUGAUGCCAAUGGGCAGCUCCGACGAACGGUCGUCGUCGCCAGUUCACUUAAACCAUCACCACAACUGUCUUACAGCAAGCUGUUCUACUAUAAUGCCAGCUGACAAUCCCGGCUCAGUGGCGACCGCCGCCGAAUGCAGUGACCGGGAAAUGAGUGGCAACGACGACGUUGGCAGUCAGCAGACGAUCGCCACUUACGAGCAGGAGGAUACGUUGCUCUGAGCUACCACUGAUGACCUUUUUUGGUUUUGGUACAACUACGAUUACAGCUGUAACGAAGGUUUUAUUAUUAUUUCGAAGUUGCCUAUAUGUAAAUACAAUAUAAUCGUAGACUUAUACUUAUUAGUUAUUAGUAAGGAUAAUAAAGGAUUCAUUUAAACAUAAAGGGAGUGAGGCCUGAGUCAGUAGAGAUUUGAGGAAAUUGUGGUUACUGUAUGUAACUCCGCCACAAAAACUCACCUCAACUUCUGAUAAUAUUCUGCAGUUAAAAAAAAAACUUAAUGACUUAAUUAUCCUUCCCUACCUCUUUUUAAUAUCUAUACCAUAAUGCAUGAAUUGAGUAUAAGUCUAUGAUUAUAAUAUGCCCAUCUAAUUGCGACAAAGUCUAAAAAUUAAUAUUUAUAAAAAAUGAUUAUAAUCAUAUACAGUACAAAAAUUGCUCACAUAGCAAGAAUUAAAUCUAAUUUUGUAUUUGUUUAUAAUUUUWCAUAUUAUAUUCUAACCAACUGACCAACCACUGCCUGCAAAAUUGGAAAGUGAAAUAUAUCACAGAAUACUCUUUAGCCAUGCGAUAGCCACCAUUGCGGAUCUUCGUAUAACGGUAAUAGAGGUAUAAUAUGUUAUAUACUAUUACGUAUUAUCUAAGAGUWUAUAUGUAACAAUAUUUACUCAAAGGUAUUACACUAUAUUAUACGUCAUAUCACAUUCGCAAUGGCCAAAUUAUGUCUUCAGAAACUUACUGUUAGGAGGGCGCAACACCCAUUUUUGUUGUCUCAGUCUUUUAAACGCAUAAUAUAACAAAUUUACGCUCAGCAGUUCACAUUCUAUGCCUACGAUAAUUCCGACAAAACACAGAUAAUGUUGUUACCAUCAAGUUUCAUAAUAGUUCUAUUCACUCUAAUUUUUAAGUUAACGGAAUAAAACGUAAACUGCUGAGCGUAAAUUUGCUAUGUUACGAGUUUGUAAGACUGAGACAACAAACAUAGGUGUUGCGCCCUCUUAAGACAGAAUAUUAUAGAAUUUUGGUUAUAUAUAACAGCACAAUAUCAGUUGCAUUAUUUCAUAUUAUUGUAAAGGAAAAAUGUAUAACCUUAAAAAAAAAAUCAAAUUUUAUCCUAAUCGACACUUUUCUAUCCUUUUAAAUAUUUCUUAUAUACUAUAAUGGGAUAGUU